UGUUUUCGAGAAGAAGAAGAUGCAUCUGAUUAAUGCGGUGGCGGCGACGAGGAUGUUAUCCGGAAUCGGACAAUCUAACGGUAACGGAGGUGGUGAAGCGAUUCCGUUUGGAUCGUUUGAGUGGAUUACUUACGCCGGAAUCUCUUGUUUCCUCGUACUCUUCGCCGGGAUUAUGUCUGGUCUUACUUUAGGACUUAUGUCUCUUGGUCUUGUUGAGCUUGAGAUUCUUCAACGUAGUGGUACUCCUAACGAGAAGAAACAAGCCGCUGCGAUUUUUCCGGUUGUUCAGAAACAGCAUCAGCUUUUAGUGACACUGCUUCUGUGUAAUGCUAUGGCUAUGGAGGGUCUUCCUAUAUAUUUGGAUAAGUUAUUCAAUGAAUACGUUGCGAUUAUUCUUUCGGUUACAUUCGUUCUUGCUUUCGGUGAGGUUAUUCCUCAAGCGAUAUGCACUAGGUAUGGACUCGCGGUUGGAGCGAAUUUUGUCUGGCUUGUCCGCAUUUUAAUGACUCUCUGCUACCCUAUUGCCUUUCCCAUUGGCAAGAUCUUAGAUUUGGUGCUGGGACACAAUGACGCUUUAUUUAGGCGGGCUCAGUUGAAAGCUCUUGUAUCCAUUCACAGCCAAGAGGCUGGUAAGGGAGGUGAGCUUACACAUGAUGAGACGACCAUUAUUAGUGGAGCUCUUGAUUUGACUGAGAAGACUGCACAAGAAGCCAUGACACCAAUUGAAUCUACCUUCUCCUUGGAUGUAAAUUCAAAAUUGGAUUGGGAAGCUAUGGGUAAGAUUUUAGCACGAGGCCAUAGCCGCGUUCCUGUCUACUCCGGGAAUCCAAAAAACGUUAUCGGACUUCUCUUGGUGAAGAGUCUACUUACUGUUCGCCCUGAAACAGAGACCCUUGUCAGCGCAGUUUGUAUACGCCGAAUUCCAAGGGUUCCAGCUGAUAUGCCUCUGUAUGAUAUACUGAAUGAGUUUCAAAAGGGAAGUAGUCACAUGGCUGCAGUUGUGAAGGUUAAGGGGAAAAGCAAAGUUCCUCCUUCAACUUUGCCUGAAGAAAACACUUGCGAAAACAAUGACUCCGACUUGACUGCACCUCUGUUAAUAAAACGAGAGGGAAACCACGACAAUGUCAUUGUCACAAUCGACAAGGCUAAUGGGCAAUCGUUCUUUCAAAACAACGAGAGUGGACAACACGGGUUCUCACAUACUUCAGAGGCUAUCGAGGAUGGCGAGGUAAUCGGUAUCAUCACUUUAGAAGAUGUGUUUGAAGAACUUCUGCAGGAAGAGAUUGUGGAUGAAACAGAUGAAUAUGUUGACGUACAUAAAAGGAUUCGAGUAGCAGCAGCAGCGGCUGCCUCAUCAAUAGCGAGAGCUCCUUCAAGCCGGAAAUUGCUUGCACAAAAGGGAACUGGAGGACAAAAUAAGCAAGGGCAGACGAAUAAAGGUCCUGGUCAGGAACAAGAUAAAAUGCUUGGAACUAUUACUGAGCCGUUGACAACAGAUAGAGUCAUAGAGACGACGACGACGAAGAUGCAUCCGAUUAAUGCGGUGGUUGCGGCGAGGAUGUUGGCCGGAAUUAGUCAAUCUAACGCCUUAGAAAGCGAAGCAAUCCCCUUCGGAUCGCUUGAGUGGAUCACUUACGCCGGAAUCUCUUGUUUCCUUGUUCUCUUCGCCGGAAUUAUGUCAGGUCUCACUUUAGGGCUUAUGUCUCUUGGUCUCGUUGAGCUCGAGAUUCUUCAACGUAGUGGUACUCCAAAAGAGAAGAAGCAAUCUGCUGCGAUUUUUCCGGUUGUUCAGAAACAGCAUCAGCUUUUAGUGACUCUGCUUCUGUUUAAUGCUCUUGCUAUGGAGGGACUUCCUAUAUACUUGGAUAAGAUAUUCAAUGAGUAUGUUGCUAUUAUUCUAUCGGUCACUUUCGUGCUAUUUGUUGGAGAGGUUAUUCCUCAAGCUAUAUGUUCUAGGUAUGGACUAGCAGUGGGAGCUAAUUUGGUUUGGCUUGUCCGUAUAUUAAUGGUUCUAUCGUACCCGAUAUCUUUUCCUAUUGCAAAGAUGCUGGAUUGGGCAUUGGGACACAAUGACCCUUUAUUUAGGCGGGCUCAGUUAAAAGCUCUUGUGUCAAUUCACGGUGAAGCUGCUGGAAAGGGAGGUGAACUUACACAUGAUGAGACAACAAUCAUAAGUGGAGCACUUGAUUUGACUGAGAAGACUGCGCAAGAAGCAAUGACACCAAUCGAAUCAACGUUUUCCUUGGAUGUAAAUUCAAAGUUGGAUAGGGAAGCUAUGGAUAAGAUUCAAGCACGAGGUCACAGCCGCGUUCCUGUCUACUCUGAGAAUCCAAAGAAUGUUAUUGGACUUCUCUUGGUGAAGAGUCUACUUACAGUUCGCCCUGAAACAGGGACCCUUGUCAGUGCAGUUGGUAUACGCCGAAUUCCAAGGGUUCCAGCUGAUAUGCCUCUGUAUGAUAUACUAAAUGAGUUUCAAAAAGGGAGCAGUCACAUGGCUGCAGUUGUGAAGGUUAACGGGAAAAGCAAAGGUCAUCCUUUAACUUUGCUUGAAGAAAAUAGCAGUGAAAGCAAUGUCUCAAGUAAUAACUCCGAGUUGACUGCACCUCUGUUACUAAAGCGAGAAGGAAACCACGACAGUGUCAUUGUCCGCAUCGACAAGGCUAAUGGACAAUCGUUCACCAGCGAGGCCGGCAGACACGGAUUCUCGCAUACUUCAGAGGAGAUUGAAGAUGGAGACGUAAUUGGUAUCAUCACAUUGGAAGAUGUGUUUGAAGAACUUUUGCAGGAGGAGAUUGUGGAUGAAACAGAUGAGUAUAUAGACGUGCAUAAAAGGAUUCGUGUGGCAACUGUAGCAGCAGUGGCCAUUUCAUCAUUAGCGAGAGCACCUUCAGGCCGGAGGUUACUUGGCCAAAAGGGAUCUGUAACUGGAGGACCAAAAACGCCAAAGACAACUUCGACUCCCAAACCGGACGAUAAACUGAUCGGAACCAUGACAGGUCCUCCUCAAGGGAACAACUGAUGAUUUCAGGUGGGUGUUGAGUUUUUGCUUGAGAUGUGAGAAAUAAAUAAGGUUUUGAAAC